GAGCAAAGUCAAUAUCCUCCCUCCUUUUUGAGAUCUCAUGUUUCACCUUCCUGCAAAAAAUCACCAAUGUGAAUUGUACCACUAAAUUCCAGAUUUUAUUCAUGCAAAAUGAAUUGGGCAUGAUAUGCAUGAUUCUACCUACGGUACAUGGUUCUAAGAUUUAAUAAUCUAAUCCUAAAAUUUAAUAACCUUAGUUAAGGUGUUGAUUCCUUAAAAUAUUCUACUAGUUUAUAUUAUGUAAAUUAAAGACUUUUAACAUAAAAAUAGUACUGGUGAAUUGUGGCGGUGCAUUUGUAAUUAAUUUCCUAUCACAUAUGAAAAUGGGAAGACUUGGUGAAGCUGAAAACACUCCAACCUCGAUCAGGCUGCGUUGCAUUGUGCCUUACUUCAGUCUAUCGACAAAUAGUCGUGCAGUAAUCCAGAUAGACAACUAUAGUUCAGAGCAUCAAAUUCUAGCAGGAAGGAAAUCUUUCCAUCUCAACCCUAGAUUAACUCUGUACCUCAAAAGAUAAAAUUCAAAAUUAACAUAAAAUCUGAGC